AUGACUCGCUCUUCGUUCCACAGCCUUAACCCAAUGGACACGCUCCAGCCAUGGGAAAAAGAGAUUGUGCAGUCGCAAGAGGUGCAACGGAAAGCGACCCUGGCCCAGAUGUACUUUUUAAACUACUACUUUGAUUCUCUCCGCUAUUUGUCUGACAGACGUGAGCGACUGAACCAGUUUAAUGAGGGGAUGAAGCAGAAAGGUCUGUAUCCGCCAGAGGACGAUCUCGAGCAAACUAUGCAGUCGCUUUCCCUGGGACAACCCGCUCAGACGCGGCCUAUGACACGCUCUACCGCGAGCAUGAACACGCGAGCAGCAACAUAUGAACAUGAGCGCGCUAAGCAUAUGGCAAAGGAGCGCGACAUGCUGCGUCAGCGGCGGGCCAAGUUGCGCCUACAGCACUUUCAUAUCGUUACCCAGGUUGGUCAAGGUGGCUAUGGUGAAGUCUUUCUCGCUCGCAAGCGCGAUACAGGUGAGCUGUGUGCGCUGAAGCGCCUACGAAAGCGGGUGCUGGUGAAAAUGGACGAGGUUCGCCACGUUCUGACGGAGCGCGAUAUCCUCACGGCCACUCGCUCUCCCUGGCUGGUGCGACUUCUUUAUGCAUUCCAAGAUGAGACACAUGUUUUCUUGGCGAUGGAAUAUGUGCCUGGUGGUGAUUUUCGUACCUUGCUCAACAAUAGCGGCGUUCUCCGGGAGGAGCAUGCACGCUUUUACAUUGCAGAAAUGUUUGUCAGUGUGAAUGAGCUCCACAAGCUCGGCUACAUUCACCGCGACUUGAAGCCCGAGAACUUUCUGAUUGAUGCGACUGGUCAUAUUAAGCUCACAGACUUUGGUCUGGCUUCUGGCGCGCUAAAUCCAGGACGCAUCGACUCGCUGAAGCGGCGCCUCGACCAGGUAAAGGAUACGGAUAUGGUGUACCGCACGCCCGCCGAGCGAGGCUCACUAUUCCACAUGAUGCGUGCCCAGAAUGUCAAGUUGGCCGACUCGGUGGUGGGAUCGCCCGACUACAUGGCCCCCGAAGUAUUGCGCGGCCGCGACUAUGGCGUCAGCGUCGACUAUUGGAGCCUGGGUUGUAUUUUGUACGAGUUUCUGUGUGGCUUUCCUCCAUUCAGCGGCGCGCAUCCCGAUGAGACGUGGGCCAAUCUGAAAAACUGGAAGAAGGCACUGCAGCGUCCUGUAUAUGAGAAGCCGGAGGACUUGCAGUUCAAUCUCACAGAUAUUGCUUGGGACAUGAUCGUGCGCCUGAUCAACACCCCUGAGGCGCGGUAUAGCUCUCUCAGUGAGGUUCAGUCGCAUCCCUUUUUCCGCCAAGUGGACCUUAUGCGAAUGCGCGAGGUAGCUGCGCCUUUCAUUCCGCAGCUGGAGAGUGACGUUGACACCGGCUACUUUGACAACUUUGAUGACCCUGCGGACAUGGCCAAAUACAAGGAAGUUCAAGAGAAGCAGCGACAUGUCGAAGCGAUGGAAGCAAAGAAUGGAGUGACUGAUGGAGGGCGAGGCAUGUGGGUCGGUUUUACGUUCGGCAAAAACUGGACCAAGAGCCAGCCCCGGGUCAGCGUGCCCGACCAUGAAUCGAAUCCCCUGUCCACCAUGUUCUAA